AUGUCUCUCGCACAAGCCGAAGCUAUUGACCCAAAAUCCUCCUACCUCAAUCAACAGUCCAGCCUCUGGGCAAGCCCGUCCAGAUUCCCGGAGCCCUCUUGGGAGCACUUCCUGCGCUCUUCCCGCUUGUCCAGAUCGUUGCUGGAAGAAUUCCGGGGUCUUUCCAUUCCAGUGCUUUUUGGAAGCCUGUCCGGAAGCCUUUGCACGCCCCGCUUCCCGUUGUUGACGGAAACCCCAUUCCAGGAAGUUGCGGAAGCGGGGUCGAGCUGUGUAGCCCCGGAAGUAACCCCCGGAUUUACCGGCCGGUUGAAAACUCUUAGACUUUCUUCUCAUGGCAUGCGUUACAACGCGCUUCGAGUCCGGGUAGACCAGUUAUACCGCCCCGGGGUGCCGUCCUAG